AUGCCGAACCCGGGUGGCUACGCCCUCGUCCUCGACCCCACCAUCGUUGCACCCCGGCGCACAUGCAAGUUCUCUCGGGUCCUCAUCGAUGGCGGCAGCAGCAUCAACAUACUCUACCGCAACACCAUGACCAAGCUCAGCCUCGAGGCCAAAGAUUUGGAGCCGACCCGGACGAUCUUCCAUGGCAUCGUGCCCGGCCUCUCCUGCUCCCCCAUCAUACGGAUCCGGCUGGAUGUCCUAUUCGGCACCAACGACCACUUCUCACGCGAGCCGCUCUGGUUCGAGGUGGUGUACCCGUCCAGCGCGUAUCAUGCGCUGCUGGGCCGGCCGGCACUCGCCAAGUUCAUGGCGGUCCCCCACUACGCCAACCUGAAGAUGAAGCUGCCUGGUCCGAAGGGCCUCAUCACCAUCACCGGCGACUACCGCAAGUCCCUGAAGUGGGCCAAAGCCGGCGCCAAACUGGCCGAGUCGCUGGUCAUAGCCGAGGAGCGGUGCCAGCUCAACCCGAUCGUUGCGUUAGCCAACGAGACACUGGCCGGGCCGGUUUCGGCCAAGGAGCCGACCGACGAGGCCUCGUUCCAGCCCUCCAAGGAGACCAAAAAGGUCAAGCUGAACCGCGAAGACCCCAGCUGCAGCAAGUAUGUCGUCGUGGGCACCUGCCUUGACAGCAAAUAG